GGAAGGCUGGGACACGAACUGCAUGCAACACUAAGCGAGGUGUUUGUUAUAAGUAGAGGUCACCUAAAGUGACAAUUGCUGUACAACGUCCCAGGGAGACAAGGAUUUGUUCUCUUGUGGUCCGGGUAAAUACGUCUCCCAGCGAUGAGUUCACUGUCAACGAGCACCGUACGGGCGAUUUUCAAAGCUUUAGGUGAUGGCCCCGGAUUCGAUCGAGUUUUGAGUAAGCUGAACCUGGUGUCUGCUGCUCCAGGGAAAGUUGUCUGCGAACUCCAAGUUGAAGAAGAGCAUACAAACAGAGGUGGCACUUUACACGGAGGACUGACUGCUACUCUAGUUGAUACGGUUUCCACAGUUGCCCUUCUGCACACAGAAAGAGGUGCUCCUGGAGUUAGCGUUGAUAUGAAUAUUACGUACAUGAAUGCUGCAAAAAUUGGGGACUCUGUACUAAUCACAGCUCAAGUUUUGAAGCAAGGAAGAACACUAGCAUUUGCAACUGUAGAUGUGACUAAUAAAGUUUCAGGAAAACUAAUUGCACAAGGGCGACACACAAAGCACCUUGGCAACUGAUGUAGACAGCAUAUUUCAGAACCAAUUUAUCUGCAGUAGUAUUGGUGAAUGUCUCAAGCAAGAACAUUGUGUUACUAAGCUAUUAUUCUGCUGCAGUAGAAGGAAAAUAUAUCAAUUUAACCCCCAAAAA